AUGGGCUUAAAGAUUCAAUUUAAGAUUCCCAUGCCUUCAUUAAGUUAUCUCAAAUCAGACGCCAGGCCAGUGCCAUUAGUAACAAAGCCUUUUCAUCAGGAAUUCAUCGAUGAAUUAAGGUUAUAUGCUAAACAAGGAAGGACUGCUUUUGUAAGCUAGAUUCUAAGGACUUUUUGACCGAUUUCUCAAAACAUAUUUCUAUGAACUUUUUGACCUAUGUCCAGGAUUGGACACAUGGCACGGCAACGACAAUUUUCCGUGCCCUGCCCUGUGUCCAACACAGCCAACGGCUCAAAAAUUAGCUCUCAAAAACCCAAUUCCACAAACUUAUGGACCUACGAAAACCUUAAUUUAGAUCUCAGCAGAAACCAACAAGUCCAUAUCCUAUGCCCAAUUUCUAAAAGCCUACGAAUGUGUCAACGUCUACUUGAAAAGCAUCAACUUUUCCCACAAGGAUAUAGCAGGGAUCGUUUCACAAAACUGCUGGCAAAUUCCAGCAAUUUAUAUGGGUAUUUCAUCACGUGGGGGAUGUUUUAGUGGAGCCAGUCCUCUUUUUACUGACAGUAUGUUUUGUAAAGAAAGUUCUUGCCAGUUUUUGUUUUGUAAAAAAAGUUUUUGACAUUUUAUGCUUUGUAAAGAAAGUUCUUGCCAUUUUUAUUAUCAAAAAUUCCGCAUUUGCGUUUUUAGCUUUCUGCAAGCUGCGGGUAACAAGUUAUACGAAGGAUUCACAAAACUUAAUAUUUUUAAAAGAGGACUAGCUUUUGUAAGCCUUAAAAGGCUUACAAGAGCUAGUCCUCUUUUUACUGACUGUGAGUUUUGUAAAGAAAGUUCUUGCCAUUUUUCGUGUUGUAAAGAAAGUUCUUGCCAUUUUUUGUUUUGUAAAGAAAGUUCUUGCCAUUUUAUUACCUUGUUUUAGCCGAACUAGCCCAACAAUUCAAUGACAAUGGAUCUAAAGUAGUGUUUUGUGCCAAGAGUUCUCUAGAAACUGUCCUAAAAGCACGUACAAAAUGCCCCAACUUAACAGUAAGUUUUUUUAAAAUUCAAUUCUUCAAUACUUGUCUACAGUACUAUCCUACAGUAACCAUGUAUGCUAGAACUGUAGAAAAGAAUUUCAGCACAUAGUAGUGAUAGACGAAGAUGUUAUCAAUGCACAACACAAAAUCACUUCAUUCCCUGAUAUACUACGUCUAAUCCCAUCAAGAUACGAAGAAGUUACGGCAGUAAACCCCAGCAAAGACCUAGUAAUGCUACCGUAUUCAAGUGGUACCACUGGAAAGCCAAAAGGUGUCAUGUUAACUCAUCAAAACCUUUGUACUGUGCUUAGAGGCAACUAUGAGUACGUUUUUUAACAGAUUUUUGAGGUUGAAACAUUAUGCCAAGGAAAAAUAUUUUCGGCGGGAAAUUGGAAAUUUAAAUUUUUAUAAGAAAAGCUUUUAAUUCGCCUUUAAAAAGUUGAAAAUAUUGUUUAUUUAAUGUUUAUGACGCUUUUGAAGUCAUUUCAAGCCAUUUUAAUCACUUCAAACAUUAUGCCAAACAAAAAUAUUUCUGGCGGAAAAAUGGAAAUUUGAAUUUUUAUAGAGAAAUUAGUGCCCUCUAGGUUCAACAGUAGUACAAAAUGAAUUGAAAAUGUCCUUUAUCACAUUUUAACACUUUUUGUUCAAUUGCAACAUUAUGCCAAAAAAAAUAAAUUUGGCGCGAAAUUCGAAUUUUAUUUUACAAUAUAUAGAAGUCGUAUUUUACAAUUUUCAGUUUCAUAAACACUCAAAUCCUUUACAAAAUGGACCCAAACUGGGACUGGUCUAGCGAAAAAAUCCUAUGCGUACUACCCUUCUACCACGUUUAUGGGUUUGGUAUGUUUUGGAGUUGCGUUGCGAACGGUGGAACGGCCGUUAUUAUGAAGAAAUUUGUGCCAGAACUAUUGUUGAAAUCGAUUCAAAACUACCGAAUUCGAUUUCUGCCAGCUGUACCACCAAUAUUGGUGUUCAUUUGCGGGUCCGAUAUGGUUAGGAAGUACGAUCUCAGCAGUUUACAGUUCAUUAUGAGUGCGGCGGCGCCAGCGGGCAAAGAAUUAAUAGAAGGAUUAAAAAGAGUCAUGCCGAAGCUUAAGCAGGUUGGGCAGGGUAAGUUUUUAAAGCUGGGAAGAAAGUUUUUGCCAUUUUUUCUACUUUAAAGGAAGUUCUUGCCGUUUUCUGAUUUGUAAAGAAAGUUCUUGCCAUUUUUUGUUUUGUAAAGAAAGUUCUUGCCAUUUGAUGUUUUGUAAAGAAAGUUCUUGCCAUUUGAUGUUUUGUAAAGAAAGUUCUUGCCAUUUUUUAAUCUGUAAAAAAAGUUCUUGCCGUUUUCUGAUUUGUAAAGAAAGUUCUUGCAAUUUGUUUUGUAAAGAAACUUCUUGCCACAAACUACAUCAUAAAAAAUUUUUUCAGCCUACGGCCUAUCAGAAUCCGCUAUGUUAUCCCACUGUUCAGUCUUCGGCACCGACGCUAUUGGAUCUUGCGGUCGAUUAGUGACAAAUUUUGAGCAAAAAAUUAUCGACCGGUCGACCAAUCAACCAGUACCAAUAAGACAAGUCGGAGAAAUCUGUCUUCGAUCUCCAAGUGUCACUAUUGGCUACUGGAAGCGGCCCGAAGCUACGGCAGAGACCAUAGAUUCAGAAGGCUGGCUACAUACUGGGGACAUUGGGUAUGUGGACAAAAAUGGUUAUACCUACAUUGUCGAUCGAGUGAAAGAGUUGAUUAAAGUUAAAGGGUUACAGGUAGGUCUAGGCUAUGAUUUGAAGACAAAUUCAAUGGAUUCUGAAGCCUGAUAACGAUCGUUUCUGGUUUCUGAAGUCAAACAACACUAAAUUUUUGCCGUUAUUUCGAUACUAUAGCCUCAAUAAAACGACAAAACUUAAAGUACCUCCCUCAAAAUAAGAAUUUAGGUAGCCCCAGCAGAACUAGAAGACAUUCUCCUAUCGCACGAUAAAAUAAAAGACGCUGCUGUCAUCGGAAUCCCUCACGUACGCCUCGGCGAAGCCCCAAAGGCCUUCGUCGUGAAGUCGGAUUCAAUGCUAACGGCCGAAGAGGUCGACAGAUAUGUUGCUUGUAGGUUAUUAUAUACUUUCUAACGCUGUUCUAUCUGGUCUAUGGCUCAGUAUUUCAAAAUUGACAGUAUUUGAUGAGAAAGUGACAAGUUAUACGAUGAAACAUGUCCGGACAUGCUUCAUCGUAUAACUUGUCCCCCACAAACAUAAAACAAACUAUAAUCAUCGAAAUAGCUAAUUUAAUGCUAAUUGCAGCAAAAUGUGCCCCAUAUAAAAGACUAGUCGGAGGGAUCGAAUUUAUCAAUGAAAUUCCAAAAAGCCCUACGGGCAAAAUUCUCCGCCGAAUUUUGAAGGAACAACGGCCGAAACUAUAG